AUGAAUCUUCAUAACGGUCUUCGAAAAUAUGCGAUUACGAGGUUUUCAGUCACCAUUCUCUUUACAUCAAUUCAGUGCUAUGUGCGAUAGCAGAUUUUCUCCAAUUUCACAACAUGAAUUCCCGCAUCUUUCCUGUUCGGUCUCAAUCCUAAUCGAUUUUGAAGACGGGCAGAAUUACAAAGAUUGGGAGGUGCGCUUUUGUUUAUUUUAUGGCGUCUUGUGUGCGUAUGCUUUUCUGGUGAAUGUUUACUGUGUUGCAAUAUUUCAGUUUUUAUAGUAACUGUUUCUAUCCCAAAACAAUGGGGCCUCCAACGAUCUAAAGUCAUAUUUUGCAAGCCUGAAUUGCAUAAAAUCGACUUGAAGUACGUAAUCUGCUUGGUUUAGACUCUUCGAGUUUAUCGUUGUUCGUGAUGUUUAGGACGAAUAUUCCGCUUGAACGGCACGCGCUUACAAGGUUCACCGCGGCUGAAACGUCACAAGCAUAACUGUCUCUCAGUUUUACAGGAGUACUCAUUAAAAGGAAUAACGGCACGAUACACUUUGUUAGCCAUUCCCGUGAUUUCUUGAACGAAGCUGAGACGCUACCUGGAAAGAUGCCUAGCGAAAAUGAUUAGGCCAUUUCACAUUAGCUCACUGGUAGCAUUUUGCAAAGUCAACGAUUUCUUGCCUUAAUGUUGCACUUAACAUCACCACAUUUCCCCGUACUGAAGUUUAACGAGGAUGGGCACUUGACCAAUAUCACAUUGACGUAUUUAAUGCGCUGAGUCCGUAGUAGCCUUGUUAAGACUACUUCUAGGCUACCCGCGGGGCCAUUCAUCCGACCGGAACUUUAAGCGCUGCUAUUCGACUGGGCACAUUGUAAGGAUUUUGACGUUGUAACGUCACAUCCUUUCUAAUAAAUGUCCCAGGUCUCCUUGAGAACUAAGCACACCUUGUAGUGGACGUUUGUUUUGAGCAGCCACCAUGUGGCUUAAACAAGAGGAAGAGGGUGAGUGCCAUGCUGUAGUCUGCUAUAAAACUACCUUUCUAAAGACACUUGUUUCAUGUGAAUCCGUAUGUUAUGCUCUUCGGUGGUUAAAUGAGGACUACAGGCCUAUCACCCAGUGGCAGGUUGUCUCUUUACUGUUCUUACUUUGCUUAUACUUACCGUCUAUACAUCGGAAGUUGCGUAAUGUGUGUCAGCAUGGAUCAAAUACUGAUAUUUCAGAAGAGGUCAUCUUUAAACUUCCCAAUAAUAAUAAUAAUCUUAAAUGGUUCCCUCACACGGAUGUCGUCGAGUUUUGUCCGGGUGCCGCUGCUUGCAACCAAGUUGACAUAUUUAUCGUUGUUUGUUUGGCCAUCUCCUUAGUGACGUCGUAGACCCAUGAACUCCAUCGUCUGCUUUUGACAAGUAGCCGCAUCGACCGUUAUCUAGUUAGCUGUUCAUCCCCGAGUAACGAAGACUAUCGUACCCAGCAUAUCCCUGUCUGCCCAUAUUCUUUAGUUCGCCAUCAAGAUGGUGGCCCAGUCAAAGAGGCGACUAAGCUUAACGAUCACUUUUGGUUCGAAAGAAAGCGUAAACACGCUGGCUGAUAGGCAGCCUUUUAUGCCGUUAGCACCAGGUUUUUUCGGUCUGUUAAAGCUCCACCUUCGAGACGUGGCUCGUUACUCGAAGCCUCAGUUCCCUCCGGAGAUACACAUCACAUGAAUCGAUCGUCCCCUAGCCAACAAUGUCUAGAGAAUAAGUUCCGCAAUCGUUGAAUAGAGAUUCUUUGGUAAUAGCCACACAAACGCUCUUUGUUGUCAGCUUAACUUCGCAGCAAGAACAAAAGAUGCUUUCAGUGAUUACGUAGCAUGUUACGCGCAAAUUUUAUGCAACGUUUAGCUUCCUGCUGGGAUUGAUCCCUGUUAUCGUCAGAAAAUCGUGGAAAACUACACAUUCUUCAACCUCCAGCCUUUCUCCAUUCGGGCGAGAGCUGACCAGUGGGCUAAGUUCCAGAGCCGCAGUUUUUGCAACAUUCUAUUGUAAACCGAAUAUAUGAGAGAGGGUGGACUUGUGAAUCAGUUGGAUAACCCUCUUCGGUAUGUGCUGCCAAAAAGACAAAUAUCAUUGCUACAAGGCCAGUAUCGGCAAAGUUUUGUCAUGCCUGAACUCCAGCGCGGAAUUUUGUCGAAAAAAAUGCAUCUAGCGCAUAAGUAAAGCACAUCAGGCCUUUAUAGGUCUUUACCGGGAGGACAGCUUAACCCGAUAACCUAGCUACUGACUGCCGCAGGACAUCGACGAGCGGCGAAUAUCGGACGGCUUUUGGCGAGUGAGAAACAAUCUAAGCGGGUUCAUGUCUGACGAAUCAACAAACCCAAACUAGCGGCAACAGUGCCUCGAGGACUCGAGGUUUUCACCAGUCUGACUUGCAUGUCUCGUGCUUACUUAGAGCCCAAAUCGCGAAUCAGGCUCUCUGAAAAUCGAGAUCUCAGAGGUCGAAUUCCACUCGACCCUGUAGCACAGUGGCCCAUGCGACCUCCGGUAGAUAUGGUGUGGCGACCGCAUCCUCACGCAAUAGGCGAACUAUGCAUUGCCUGAGUUGGGCCCACUCAAUAUUCAGAGAGCACGCGUACGACUAAGAGGGGCUAUUUACCAACACCUAUGUCGUCUCCGUUUUCGGGCAACUAUCAGCUGUCGAUCAGCACAAUAAAGAGGCCACCCACUCUCAGCUGCGAGAACUGGCCGGACGUCUCUCCUGCCGUGCCCUGCUAAUUGCCGCCGAGACUGGGAGAGCCGAACUGAGCCAGGCGACCCUUCAAUUGCCUGCCGUCUUGGAUGCUUUGAACUUAGUUCUCCACGCGAUAGUGAUGGAAGAAUGUUGGGUCUUGCUGACAGAACGGGCUGAUUCUCACAAACAUCUGCUACCUACAUAAUUACAACCAUCUUCUGAUCUGGUAUGCAAACGACGAUCCUACGGCCAACCAGAUUGACUAAAGUCAAGAUAAUUAAGGGUUUCGGAGCUAGAUUCUGAUAAGAGACCGAUGCGUAGCACCGAAAAUGGCAACACCUAUGGGUCGGACAGUGUUCUCCUUCGCCUACACCCGUAAAUUCAUUUCUCAAUUUCGUCCAAAUUGUCACGUGCAAGACGCUUUAUGUCGCAAAAUUACGACGAUCUUACAUAACCAAGGCUCUGCUCAUAGAAACCCGGUCCUUCUUCACGACCUGAGCCGAAAAAAGCAGUAGCAAAUGGGAGCAGGUGAAGACCUAAGUAUGCGACAUAGUUAGGGGAAUUUCCGAGUUCACCAAAUGACACCAAAAUGACCGGAUCAGUUCAAGGACCCUACAAUUUGAGCUAGGUAUCCCACUGAUGAUUUCUUCCAUCAUCAUCACCGGAAAGUGAUUGCAAACAUGGGUAGAGACGUUUACAGAAAUUAUUGAACGCAAGUGACGACCUCCAUGUAGAAUGCUUCAAACACCAGCGACACUCGGUAACUAUUUCAACUUAUUAGCAAACGCAGUGGUAGGCCCUCCGCACUGAGUGACUGCGCUCGCAACGUGUGUCGGAUAUAUUAGUGAAAAAUCGGUUAGUACCGGGCGCUGGUCUGAGUACUUCGAGGACUAGGACAUAAUCCGCCGCUAUCCCCCUCCUCUUGGACAGAGUUCUGCUCCUUCGGCCUAUACACUGCGAAGCGGAGCGCCUUCCUAAAAAGACAUAGGCGAUGCAACACCGAGGCCGUUUAACAACAAGGCGCCUGAAGAGGAUGACAUUCCGACAAAAGUGGACAUUAAAGUCAUCGGCACUGAGGCGGUGGCUCCAUUAGGUGAUUGAGUAAGUGUGGAGAAAUGAGUUCGUUUCUGAUAAUUGAGGCUUGAGCAUCCCCGUGCCUGUUUCCAAGAAGGAAGACAAAACAAGACGCGAGAAAUACUGUGGCAUAAGUCUCAUCGUGUUGCCGCACGGGUCAUGGUCCCGCUCAGGAAGUUUCAGUGUGUAUGGCUCUAGGGCGAGACCCAUCCAACCUGGUUUUAGAGUUAGAUAUGGACUUGUCGACCAAACUGCGGCGCAUUCUUGAAUUUCGCCAUGCCUGUCAGCAUCUAACGGCCAUCUGUUUUUUUUUAAUUCGCGCCGCGUCCGAUUCUGUUCCUGCUGAAUCUCUGUGGCGGAAACUGCAAUUUGUCUUCCCGGCAAAAAUAGUCGCCAUGAUCAAGGCAUAUUACCACUCAACCACUGUGCGACUUCUGGUCCAUAACAAUUUGUAUCAAACGUAGGAUAUUCGGUAUGGAUUUCGACAAUUUGCAUCGUGUCGACCACGAAAAUGACAGGGCUUUCCGUAGGGUCUUUCGCGGAGCCGAUGUCGUUGAGUUUGCACCCAUAGGACGGCUGACGGUAUCGCAUGCUAGCUUUAAAUUUCAGUGCUUUAUAGUAUGUUGUGUCACGAAAAAGCAAAUCUAAAUGCGUCGGUUUAUACCUGGACGCCGACAAUAUCAAACUUUUUUUGGAAAUGCGUCCAUAGGUAGGAGAAGUUACCUCUUAGAAUUAGUGAAUGUCAAUUUAAAGAAGUUUACGGUUUCAAAUAUCUCGGGGCGGGGCUGCUGCCGAAUGCACAAAAUAAGAACGACGUUGUUUACCUAAUCGAUGCGGGCCGCAGGAUUUUCACAAUCCUUGGAAAGUGUCUUUGAACCGGACGCGACAUUUCAAUCGUCUCGAAGAUCGCGCGUACCGCGCAUCCGUCUCGUUAGUUCCAAACUGCUGUGAAUGUUGGGCUGUUGGCGUGAAAGAUAAAGGAAAAGUACAGCUGUUUGACCACCCAUGUCUGGGCACCGUUCUUUGAGUGAAAUACACCGACUUCAUCUCAAAUGAGAUGAUCCACAUUCGCUGCGACAACUCAAGGGUAUCCGAGAUCAUCCAAGAAAGACGGCUGAGAUAGUUUGGACAUGCCCUUCGUCUUUCACCUCACGAACUCAGUUUUUCUGCGCUCUAUCUGUUGUCAUUGCCUACCUUGAAGUGCCGAAGAGAAGGCAAGCUGGAAUCCUGUUUCGACAUAAUUCGUCUAGACAUGGCAGUGGUUCUUGGGGCUACGGCAUUCGGUCUCCGUUUUUCGAGGAGAUAAUGAAUCGAACUGUCUAGCCUGUAUAGGCAUAGGAAAUACUUAACAGAUUACGGCAGUGGAAUCUGUCAGCAGUUGCAUCUGCGAGUUUUGCCGCGCUGGUAGGCAGCUGAUGUCUGGGCGAAGACAGAAGCAACAAAGAAUGCUAAAGUACGCUUCAGUCUUACGCCUGCUAGCCAGUCACUGGCUUCCACUCAAACAGUGCUUGUUUCAUCCCUUCGGAGAAAUGUGCCGCCACAUCUCGUCUUCCGUAAGAGUCACAAAAACUGCUGUUGUAUAAGCAAAAAAUAGGAGUUAUCCUGAAGUCUUGAUUCUUCGCAAGCCGGCGUCUGGAACUGGCCAUGUUUACCAGAUCUGUGACUAUUAACACCUGGAUAUAUGACCGUCGCAAGUUCCGCGACCGGUUAUUUGUUAUUCUCAAGGCCGGUUAUUUAGCACUCGGAUGCCUGAUUAUCUAUUCUCUGGUUCAUUUUUUUCUACCGACAUGGAGUAUUGUGUGAAAUCGGCUUGCAGGCAUCCGAGCCUGUCUCCGGUCGUUGGCUAUCUUGACACCGGGUCCAGGUGGAUGGGGAAAGGGGGAGGGCGGUAGAUGCUGCGCAAGUCUGCCACCAUUAUGCACUAAGUCACGCGCAAGCUACCGUCCUGCACCUUUUAUGCUGCGAACACAAAGGGCAUCGUCCUUCGUGACGGCCGAACCGUCAGGUAAUGUAAAUUUAGCAGUGAAUGACGUUUCUAAUAAAACAAGGACAUUGCUGGUAGCUUAAUAACCAUUCCUCAUGAAGUAAAGCAAGACCUACGAUGCUAAAGCCUGUCAGUCACAUCGCAGAUUCCCGAAGACCUCGUGUCGUUCCGAUUCUUCAUCAUAUUUAUAGAUACUACGGUCCUGCCAAGCCGCUUCUGCUGUUCGUGUAAAAUUAAGCUAGUCCGAAGGGGAUCUGCGCAUUUGACGGUUUGGAGUCACUUUUAUCCCUUUUUAGAUAGCACUUUAGUCAUUUAACUAACACCCUCAAUACCCAGCGAUGCUAUUUUGUCUUGUGGUAAAGCAAGAGCUGCUAUAGCACUUUACCUUUUGGUCGUUUUAGAUCGGGGUUCAUGGAAUCCGAAUCGAAUUUACUAACGAGCGAGGCAUGCAGCGCUCGGCUACCUAUCUUCCGGAAGUUGCUGCUGAACAAGGUUGCUUGCGAAUUUUUACUGUCUUUCAUCAUGAACAAAAUCCGGAUUCUCUCAAUUAUUUCUUUCGUUUUCAGGUUAUUUCUACCGGUGCUCUUUCCACUGUGUUUAUUUGAUUCAGUCUUUGUUGUGAUGGAGUUUGUCGGCCGUUUACAGCUCCUCUUCGAUUUUUAUCAUUAGAGCGCGUGCCUUUGUUUUUAUCGGUCAGAAUGAUGCCAUAUUCACCUCGUGAAUCCUUGCCUUUGGAAAAGAAUUCUCUUCAUGAUUUAUCAUGGAAAAUUAAACAGGGAUUUUUGGGUGCGGAUAAAUUCACAUCUGCAGCACACCAACAUGUCUACAUAGCGUGCCCAAAACUGUCUUGUUCCAGUUGAUAAAAUCAUACUCGGUUCAGCCCUAGGGGAGCAAAUACUACUCGUUUUCUCGCAUAGUGUGACGUUUGGGAGAUGUUUAUUUCACGCCCGAGAUGAUGAGCCUUUGUAAAAAUCUCCCAUUCUGAGCAGCUGCCCUCUUGACAAAUGUUGCCUGUAACCCCCCCCCCCCCACUAAGCAACUUUACUACUGCCCUGAUGCAUAUCCCAGGAUUCAGUUUUCAACAUAUAACUCACACGUCACCAACUUCCUUUAGUUAUCAUCGUCUGAAGCUAAGUACAUAAAAAUGCUGCCGUGAAAAAAAAAACUGAACGAUAAUCAGCGCAAUCGCCUAGAGUUGCCGAGAUUAAGUUUAUAUGCAAGAAUGAACUUCCUGGAAGCCCACUCAGAUUCAUGAAUGCGUAACCUUGUCUCCCAGCCGACGGCGAAUGCCCGAAACGUCCGCUUACGGUGAACUUUGAAGCACCUUUGAGUGAUCGGCCACUAAGAAGACUACUGAAAAUUUGUCCGACCUCCGUACGAAACUGGACUCAGACAAGUCUCCGAAGUCAGCGUUGUCCACUUUCCAAUGGUCCGGAAGGAGACAGUUCAUUCUGUAACAUGUCGGAGGUCGAUUUUUGAUGUUUUUGAUGAUUUUGCAUGUCUGAUUUCAACGUUUCGCCCCGUGGGGAUCGUCUGGCAUGGCAGUCGUCGUGGCUUGGGGUAAGGAGUGGGUAUUUGGGUAUGGAGCCGAAAUUUCGUUUUAUACGGACUGGCGGAGAAUGAGGUUUAGUUAUGCUAUCUACUAGUCGAGUGCUUUUCCUAGCCAGCUGUGAUAGCUGGUGGGAGGGCUAAUUUUUCUUCAUCAGCUUAUUGUUUCAUCUUAAAGUCCUAAAUAAUGCAGUCAUAGCUGAAGUGAAAACCAGCUACUGAACUUUUCUCUCAGGACUUCGAUAUUAUCUCCAGAUUACUAAUUUUCUCUUAAUAUGUUAAAUUGAACUACUCGGAGUUGCUUUAACUUGUUUUAACUCACACCUUUUCCGUGACUGGUAACAGCAAAACGCUUCUUGUAGUUUGAUUCGUAGGACUGACUAAGUUAAACGGCCUGCAACAUUGCACAGACAGAAGAAGACGAACAGCUGGAAUUUCAUACUUUUAUUGGUUGGUCUGCGAAUGCAUAUACGAUCAGGUAAGCAUUGGCUUAACUUUACGACAGCCAACUCUGGCAACCGUCAGUCGCCUGUGUGAUCCGGCGACUGAAAUCACACGAUUUUCUAACGAAAACCAAUAAUUGGUGAAGAUUGGAAAGGCACCGCACAGCGUUCCGAUAACCCAUAAAGCGAUUAUUAAUUUGAAACCACGGUCACGCAACUUUUUAGUGUUAAGAGGCAGUCCACAGCUCGCGCAUCCAGAAACGACGUGGUUCAUGCUCCAUCGCGUAUUUGCGUCUGUGGUGCGCGGCGCGCAAUAGUCGGCAAAUAGAAAAUCUCGUAUUUUUUUCCCCCUGGAGACCCUUACAUAGAUGUUCAUUCUCCGAAGGUCAGAGGGCUUCGCGUCGUUCAGGUGCAUGAAGCCACUUCUAGGACAUUCCUCUGGGUGGAGUUGAUAACGCAACCUCAUCUUCACACCCUGGAUAUAGUGGUGACUGCCGAGACUGAUGCGUUGUCUGCAACGUGGCACUGCGUGCGUUUGGUCUGCUGCAUUAUCUUUCGCGGCCGUUUCGGCUCCCUGUCGAUGACCCUUAGCUCGGCGAAGGUAGUGAAGAUAACAGCCUUCAUUUGUUGCCAUUUCCCUUACAGUUGGCGAUCCGAGUACGCCUCACCAACAACCCAUGUUAGUGUCGUACACAGUUGUGCCUGUGCAGUUCAAUUUGUUUGCGGACACUUAAAAAUAUCAGUACCGGAAACGUAAGUCAGUAAGUUCAAAUGUAAUAGUUUUUUUUCUAAAAGGGUGCGUGCAGAGAUUAUCCGCUCUGCUGCCCUCCGUAUUGAACCAUGUCCAGUGCUUUUCGACGUUGCCUCAAGUGGCUGCCUUAGAGCCUAAACUUAUCUUACUCUCUCUCCCGCUAUAUUUAGGAAUGCCUUUUCUUGCAUUUCUUUCGAAGGCUGGAAUCACCAGGAAACCAUUGAUUCUCUUCUGAGGAAGGGAGGCUACAAGAACGAAAUAACUGAAACGGUCCGUGCCUCUGUACAGCUCACGCGUUACCGCAGCGAAAAAUUGCAACUGCAUGCCGGGGAAUACCUUGCUGAACGUGUCAACGGGUAUCGUGUAUAGGCCUCUGUAAGUUAUACCUCAAGCCCGCCCUUAUCAUUUUGUCAUUUUUUGAACCACGUCGCAGCACACAAUCCUGGGCUCGGCUACCCUGCUAUUGUUCUUUUUAACUCCAUUGGUUUAUUUUACACCCCCGCCACUACUUAUCUCUUGUUCCGAGUGCAGCCUCAAUUAAAGGUUGGAAGCAUCCCGCUAUUGGCUCUGUGCUGCUCACCAACGCAUGCCUCCAUUCGAUCGUUGUCCCAAGCAGUCCGGAAGAAUCGAUCUGAGGCUUGUUUCACUGAUAGGCUUUCACAAGCAUGACACGAAACACUGACUCCUGUUGUUUUUCAAAAAGCUAGUACUUCGCGGCAGGGUGUCCUGCCGAAGCUCCCUCCCGACGGGACAUGUGUUGCCUAGAGGUCUUUCUUUGUGAGCGAUGAAAUAGAGGCCGCAGAGACGCUGCCAAUUUUUGAAAUAUUCCACACAGCCCACGUAGCGCAUUGCUUGGUGCCAUCUUUGUCUCAAAUAAGGUAUUUUGACGGGAAAACACGAGCCCUCAACAAAUGCGCUCGGCAGGUUGGACAAGGCGUCAACCUGCUGUUCAGCGUACGCAUUAGCCAGUUUCAAAUCAGUGGUUGGAAGCAUUGGUCAAGGCCACCAUCGUGGAUGCGCUGAUAACGACCGUCAUGCACUCAUCUAUCUAGGCAAGUGGCUCGCAGCUAUGUCAUUUGUUGGCCUGGAAAUGUGUUCUGCAAGAUUCAAGGAACAACCAUUAUGUCUAGUACCGCCUUCCCUAGCCGACUCAUAAUGGUCAACAGAAGCCAGUGUUGUGGAGGCGCUGAGGUGAAUUAGAACGAACACUUUCCACAGAAUUCACAAGAACUCAUUGAAUGGGCUUAUUUCCCAUUCGAUGUCUAGUAUGCCGUCCAUCUUCAAUGACUAAAGUUCCCAAUAUUUGUUGCGGUCUCAUAGGGCGUCUAUUGUCUGUCCACCGUUCUCUUCGUUUUAUAGGUUGCCACCGUGACUGCUUACGUGGAUCAAUAGUCAUUGGGGUAUGAUGGUGGCUCGUGUAUUGCUAUGGGCUCUUGGCUGCGCAGACCGGUACUUGCGUCAAUGUAGGAUUUAUCCAACUGGUCCGUCUUCCCUGCUGGUGUUUUUGCAUAGGUAGAUCCUAAUUGAAGAUUUGGCCACUCGGUAAACAGCCCGGAGCAACGGCCUAGGGAGCUAAAUAAAGUCAACCCAGUUGGGCCUGUGUCAGUUCGCACGUACAGUAAGUAAAUAGCGUAUCUCAUGAAUAAGUUAGUUGAAAUUCUGAAAUGCGUUUUCGAUUAGAAGGGAUUACUUAGUCAACGCCGCAAUACUGAUCGUUAUGCAGCCUAAUUCCAAGAUAUUUCAGUCACACCAGCAUGUCGGCUGUUAAAUAGGCGUGUUUCCGACCUACGGCGAAAAUAGCUCUUAGUAAAAACAACUGGGGCAGUGUGACUUCUUCCAUCAAAUUCGGAGUCUUUUACAGAUCUAGACAUGUUUACAAAAUCCAUGCGUAGAAGCAUCUUUUCUGGUUUUGUUGCGUAGACGAUUACGUCCUUAGGUGCUCUAUCCAAAGAAACAGUAUCUCCCAGUCUGAGAGGUUCUCAAUUCUCGAAGAAUUUCUAAACCAUUCUGCCGUUGCAUUUGCGUUCAGUCUUCAAUGACCAGUCUCAUAAAAUGUUAGCGAAAGUUCUGAAGUACGUUUUUAAUUAGACAGAGUUACUUAAAUGGAGUUUCAAUAUUAUCGUGCAGCAUAAUUCUAAGAUAUUUCAAUUACAUCAGAAUGUCGACUGUCGAAUGCACUUCUUUUCGGCUGCCCCCCAAAACCGAACUCAGCAAAAAUGACUACUUAAUUAGGAUUUGUUCUUCGACUGAUUUUCAAAGACCUUGCACAGUUAAACAUAUUUUUUAAAAGGCGUAGUCAAUAGCAUGCUCUCUGGUGACAAAUCACGCCUUCAAAUUUGAUACUCAAAGGAGGAGUAACUUCCCGUUUAAAAAGCUUGUAAUUAUGAGAUUUUUAAGACAAUUAGAGGUCCACUUGAAUAGUAUUGUAUUUGUCCGUCUGUUAGUGCUCUUCACGAAGCAUACAAGAUGGUCCAUAUUCAGGGCGAAAUUCGGUGAAUCCUGCUAGCAUAGCGGAAUGAUUGAUUCUCCUUACAUGGAAAGUAGACUGAAAACUCAAGACAUAAAUGCAACGGCAGAUCUGACUCAAAAUGUUUGGGAACUUAUCGACUUUUAAAACCUACGUAUACCUUUUGUCCGCGUAUAAGAUUUGAAGAGGACGUAAUUUGUAAGAAAAUGAGUACAUGAAGUACUAUUUUCGUGCAUGGCCUCUUUAUAGUAUAUUUGGAUUGAUGAGGGCAUUGUAAAUCAGUGAUAGGCAUUAUUAGCGAGUCUGAAUUUUCUCAGUCGGCAUCCUUAUGUGACUGAAUUAUCUUGGAUUUUUGCUGCACGAUUAUCGGUAUCGCGACUCCAUCUAAGUAAUCCUCUCUAGUCGAAAAGGACAUUUCAGAAUUUCGGCUAACAUUUCAUGAAAUACGCCCUUUUACUGUAUCCCUGAAAAGCAUAUAAUAGCAGUCAACGAAUUAUUGGCAGAGCUAUUACUGAUCGUAUCCUCCAACUUAUUCUAACCAUCCUUUAGGGGUGUGCAAACCCAUUGACUUUGCGUCUCCGUACGCUGACACAGCGACCAUUUACACGAAGUCCACGACAUCUCGGUUUCCCCCUGGUCGGACACAUCUGGUCAAGCAGUUCUUCUGUCAUGUCCCCUUUUGGGUUGGCGCCCUUCUUGUUUUAAUGGAAGGCACAGCCAUACAGUGCAGACUGGGUCUGAUGUAGUAAUCGCCUGACCGUGCGUUGAAGUCUUACCCAGGCGAUGUCAACGCACUGCUGCUGCAUUCCCAAUGAGUGCGCCACCAGGCUGUCUUAACUGGCGCCUAGUGCGCACGCUCCAAUCGCCAGCUGAAAGAGCACAACACUAGCUGGCUGAAUGCUAAUUUCUCUUCCAGUUUGGUUAUUUGCGUAGGCGGUGUUGCAGGGCUUUUCAUUUUCCUUCGACACCUCUAGACCUCUGCUGUGAUACGUCUGCUGCGGUAGCACCUCUUACCUAGUUCCUCUCAAUAGUUGGUACUAUCUAAUUACGCCCCUUGCCCCUUGCAAGCAGACGCGCUACUACGGGCAACAGACUGACGAUCGCACGCGCUUUCACUGCGAAAUGGUCAAAAACUCCAACGAAAAAUUUUUUUAUGACCCAGGGCUAAGCGAACAAAGAAAAGUUAAUUGGUCUCCUGACACGUCAGAAAUCGCACGAACAGGGGAGCUACAGGUUGUCGAUCCGCCGACAUUUGGCAGGAGAUAUGAUAAAAAGCACACAGGUUUAAAGUGAGCGACUCUGCUGUCAUUUCAUGAGAAUAAAACGAAUGAGUCAUAUCUUGGUAAUCUCGACUCUGACUGUUGCAGCGUGUCGCGAGACUACUUUGUUCCCUAUGAAGAAACUAAGGACACUGGCAUCAGAAUGGAGCGUAGCAAAAAUACGUUUGGGGGCUGUGAUAUCAUGUCGUUGGCCGAUCAGUUUCUGAAAAUCGUAGAUCGAGGCGUUUCUAGGCUAGCGUGGCUCCCUCUCUAAGACCUCGUCCUCGAGGUUUGAACCACACUCCGCUAGCAAGCCAAUCUCAAUCCACGACCACGACUAUCCCACGCGAUGCCCCUUGACCUUUGGAGAAUGAACAUCUGUGCAAGGGUCUCCAAGGACAAAAGUACAAGACUUUCUACGAUUAUUGCGCGCACUUAACGACGCCACAGACGCAAAUACACGAUGGAACAGGAACCAUGUCGUUUCUGGAUGCGCGAGCUGUGAACUGACCCUAAAAACCAACAAAACACUCGGCAUACAUCAACUGGUACAGGCUGUGGAAUUCACUGCCAACAGUCACCGUUUCGCUGCUGUGGACAACUUCUCUAACUUGAGCAGUAAAAUUCCUAGAAAAAUCGUAAUCAUUGAGGAGAUAUCAUAUUGAGUAUUCGAAACUAGGUUGGCCCUUAACUAGGCCACUUAUUUCAGCUUGGGACCACAGCGACACCUUCAACGCCCAUGCUGAUGCAAGCUACGCGUUACCUUAGGGGACAAAAACGUGGACUGAGAGGGGACUAUGCCAUUGCCGUUUGAACUGCCACCGGAGCAUCAAAUUGAGAUGCUGUGGAUGCAUCACGUACACCCUAUUCAUGAAGUCGUCUCGCAAACGCAACAUAUUUGCACUGUUAGGGCAAACUUAAUAUGAUUGGGUGUCCACAUCGUGAAUGUCACUCAGGCGCCUUCCAAAACAACAGUUCUGUGCCACAGUUGUUCAGGACGCCCACGGGAGAAGUGGGCAGAAGCACCGGUACAAGGACACUUUGGGGGCAUUACCCUGAACGCGUACAUGAUGAGUCAGCCUGUGAAGCGUUGAGUUUGGCCCUGCGUUUUAAAGUGGCUACGGUUAUAUGUGGUUUCCUGUUGCCACUCUGGGUUGCUGCGACUUGUUGAAGUUAUUUGUCAGUUUUGUUAGCGCGGUUUCUGUGGUUGGAACCUGUGACUGUUUUGCUGGCUGAUAGUCUGUGUGUGAGGGUAAAAGUAACCAGGAUUUGAGCUGAUGACGAUUGCAGCGGUUACCACUACUACUGCUAUCGCUGUCCCCGCCGUUGCUAUUACGACGCAGUUGCUACUCCUGCCGCUAAUGCCGUUAUUGUAGUGCGAGUGAUGGCCCAUUUUAACCCAACUUUCCUUUUUAUUGCUUCUCUUCAGGGCAUUGGAGCUGCAUGCCAGCCGGUGACGGGCUCCCUAUUUCUUUCCAUUCAGCGAACAGCUUGCGUGGUUGCUCAGGUCUCGCGUCGACAUGCACACCGAUCGGCUACCACCCUUUGCCGGGAUCGUUGUAUUGCUUCUUCAUUGUGUUUGCUUGGAAAUGGACCAUCUCCUGUCGUUACCUGUCACUUCAGCCCCGGGAUCAGCAACCAUGACUGCGUUGAAUGCUGUCCCCUGCAGCCCCCAACGGCAACUGUUGCUCCUUUAUUUCGCCUGCGCUCUUCUGAAUUGUCCGUCCAAAUGUUUGGCCGCUUUUCACGCCUCUCGUGCUCAUUAUCGGCCCAAACACAAUCGCCCGCCUCUGUCUCUGUGUGUCCGGCUAAGGCAGCCUGCUAUCUGUAG